AUGUUCGCCAUUGGAUCAGCUGCUGCUCGCGCAGCUUCCAGAUUUCCCAAGUGGACACAAAUCCGUUCUGUGUCCACUCUGGAAGGUAGUCCCUACAUCUAUGUAUUUCCGAACGAGAAAUCCCCGACCGAAAGCCACUUCCUGUCAUUGUUGCCAUCCGAGCCAACGAAUCCGGACGUAGCGAUUGGUGUUACCUCUAAGCUGCCUCCGACGCCAGACUCCUUCAAAGAGAACCCGAAGUUCCUGGAAACAUUGCAUGAUGUUUUGUCCAAGAAUGCGCAUAAUGACCCGGACGCUAUAUCCCAGGCACAGGUUAUGAUAUCUACCUCCGGUGCUAAUCUGAGCUCCGGAGGGGUCCUAUUGACAGGUGGACGCGCUAGGAGACGUCGUGAUGCGGCAGAUUCUAGUGGUGGAGCCAGUGGCCAGGGAGGUGUUGGGUCUGCUGGAAGAGGAGGCUGGAUACAUAUAUCAGAUGAAAGACGCCCGCCGGAGUACGGAAGAAUCCCAUGGCCCGAGGACAUCUUUGGAAGUCUUGAAGUCGAUAGUGAAGGCAACUUUGUUGGAGAAAAUGGAAACUAUUCACCGAGCGGCACCUACAGAGUCAUUACUCGGGAUGGAAUUCUCGGUUUAAGUCCCUUUCUCAGAGAAAAGUUGGUUCAAAAGUUGCGUGAACAGGGAUCUCAGUAG